CGUUGUAUACAUGAAGUAUCCGCUCCAUACUGCAAUGGCGGACAAUGGAAGUGAAAUUUAUUUAUGUGCUGUAUGUGGUUCUUUUGCUAUUUUCUCCAGGAUUUUUUUACAUCCAUUCAGUUCUCGGUGGAGUGAAGAAACCUAACGUAGUGCUUAUUACUGUGAAUCAUUUUGGGCUCAAUACUUUGGACAAUUAUCGGGGAUAUUUGAAAAAUAUAAGGAGACUUUCUGAAGAAUCAAUCCAGUUCAGCCAUGCUUACUCGCAACUUUAUCCGACCUCAUCAAGAGCUGCUUUACUAACUGGCCGUCUGCCGGUCAAAACUGGAAUGCUGAAGGGCAGAUUUCUUCCAUUUAGUUCUCUGCCUUCCAUAGCAUCUUCAGGAGGACUGCCAUUGAAUGAAGAAACCUUAGCAGAAUCCUUAGAAAAGAACGGUUAUACAAACAAGUUUAUAGGUUUGUGGGAUCAAGGUUUGGGAAAAAAGGGAAAGUACCUCCCAUUGAAACAAGGGUUCAGAUCAUGGUUUGGUAUUGUGACACAGCACAGUUAUUCAUGCUCGAGUCCACCGAUAAAACCUCAUGAUGGGGAUGAAGCAUUUGUAAAUGAAGCCUUGUGGCUUUUUCUUUAUGGAUUAUGCUGGUCCUUAUUCAUAGCAACCGCACUAUGGUGUCUCUUCUUCCUCAAAGCUAAAUUUUUAUCCUUGUUGAUUAUUCUGGGUGUCGUCUUGUAUGCAACAAAUAGCAAUGCACCUUUUAUUGUUGUUAAAAGUUGUGUGCUUUUCAGAAAUGACCAAAUUAUUGCUCAACCGUACAAUGUUGAAAACAUCACCUUGCGCUUCACCGACGAUGCUUUGGACUUUAUCAAAACUGCAGCUAAUCCAUUUUUUCUCAUGGUUAAUCAUCUUGCAUUAUCACAGCCAUUGUUUACUUCACCGUUCUUUAAAAAUACUUCAGGUAAAAAUGACGUGAUCUUGGAUUCACUUGUGGAGUUGGAUUGGAGUGUGGGGAGUAUUUUAGCUGCAAUUGAGAGUUCAAAUUUAACUGAUGACACUAUUAUUGUGUUCACUGCCCUCUCUGGAGAAAUAUAUUCUAAUAAUGAUAGGGUGUGCAAUAGUUCUUUAAACAAGACAGAAAAUAAUGAUGAUUGUCAUCCUAGGUUUUUCAGAGAAAAUGUCAUGAGCGUCAUAAGCAAUUGGGAGAGGCAUAUUAAAGUACCACUGUUUAUAAAAUGGCCGAAAUUUCUCAGUUAUCAUAGAGUGUUAAACCAGACUGUCACAUUGAUGGAUGUCAUGCCAACAAUAUUAGAUCUGGCUAAUGCAAGCUAUAGUAGUGACACACUUCAUGGGAAGUCUCUUUGUGGUGUAAUUAAUGGAACGACAGAGUCCUUGCAUUCAUACAUAUAUCAUUAUUUAGACGUCACUCGGCCAUCUGCUAUUACUCACAAUGAGUAUAAACUACUUUAUAGUACCAUGUCAGAACAUGGAAUUAUUCACCAUGACCCACCCAUUCUGUUUAACAUUAGAAAAGACCCAGGAGAGACUUCCCCUCUGAUAAAUGAAGACCAUCUUGACAUUGUGACAAAUAUAUCUGAAGCAAGAGACAAACACUUAGAAAAUAGAACACGAAAAUGGAUAUCACAAUUUGAAUAUCCAAUAUUACCCUGGCUAUUUCCAUGUGCCAAUUUUCCUUAUUGUCACAGGAGGGACAUUAGCAAACUAAAACAUAUUUUCUAUAAUGAGAGUGGCUUGUUCAGUUAGUUAUUGGAAGGUUUGAGGUAUUUGCAACGAAAAAUCAUCAUAAAUUUGUUUUACAGUA